AUGCAGAUCCCGAAGCAAGUCUCCGGUCCAGCAGACCCAAAAGAGCCUUCCUUCCUUAGCCUUCCGGCCGAGAUUCGUAACUGGAUUUAUGAGCUCUUAUUCACGCGCGAUGAGCCUGUCUUGCUCCACAACGCCAAAGCAUAUCACGCUACCUUACCCGAAGACCUCUAUACUCCCUUCUAUGGUUUCAAUCGGCGGCAGCAAUUAAUCGAUUAUUUUGAUGACUCGUACGAGGAUGAAAUCGUUCAGGGCGGAAUCUUCGUCCACGAUUUUCAGACAGUCACUCCCGCUCUUCUCGUAUGUCGGCAGGUAUAUGCUGAAGCAGCUGGAUACCUAUACGGCAACAAUACUUUCAUGUUCUCGCGCCCGCUUUAUCAUCAUGAUAGUCGCGACGGUGACGAGUAUUAUGUGGAAGAAGACGAUGAAUCGUACUUCGUAACGAGUUAUGGGGCCCAGUGGCUGCAGAAUCUGGGCUCUCAACUCGAACUUCUAAACAAGGUUCGCGUAGACGUCGGUGCUUUGUGUCCGAGGAGUUGCAUCCAAAGCAUGGGAUUUAUCCCUGUCUUGAAGCUUGUACGGGUGCUAUGGAGAUAUCCCUAUCUCGCAGAUGUGGUUGCGUUCACUCAGAGGGAACCAACGAAACGCGAGAUGAACGAUUUCGGUAGGUCCAACCAUUCAGAAGACGAAUAUACGAUGGAAUUUGAGGAAUACGCCAAGCGUUUACAAAAGAUUUUGUUCACAAUUGGUGUUCAAGAUGUCCUGAACUCGAGGCGUUACGCUUCCCUGGAUCUCCUAGUCACCGAUAUCAACCUCGCGUCGUCUUUAGACUACGGCCACGUUACUGGACCAAAUCUAGUGCUGAAAUUUGAGACGCCGGAAGAUGGAGCUGUGAGAUGGCUGGAGAAAAGCGAGACCCCCCUCAGCCCUCUCAAAGACCUGGAUCUGCCCCUCAUGCGCAAGAUCUUUAGCCUGGUCACAUUUCCAGCGGACCAGAUUAUACUUGAUCUUGACCAGCGCAAAUUCCGUGGUUUCAGCCCAGUUAUCCUUCAUUUAAACAGCAAGUUCAGGCAUCUGCCGUAUGAUCGGAUACCAAAAGACAUCAGCAUUCUUAUUAGGAAGAGCAUCAGCACCACAACUUUCGAUCUCAUCGGCGCCGUCAGGCCAAUUGGUCCCGGCGGCGAACACUCAGGGAUCUGGCAUGCUUCCUUACGAGGCCUUUUCAACAAUUCAUCGAUAGGCAUCGUCCUUGACUUCAAUAUUGCAACUGCAACCUCCUUGAAGGAAAUUCGUAUCAAUAUCAAGAACGCUGUACCUGAAUUGAUACACAGCUACUUCUUUUCCAAAGCAAAGCUUCUAUUCUGUCUCAAAUGUCCUUGGGGAAACGCUAUACACCACGAGGAAGUCACGAUUCGGGUGGUAGAGUUAGUACAAAACCUCUUCCUACUCUUGAGCGAUAUCAAACAGCAAUGGCCUUCAGAGAUAGAUAAGACCGGCGACAAGCAGCUUCCUGAUAUCUGGCUUAGUGGAAAUGGCGUCCUCAUCUCUGCAUCCUAUCCGGCAACCUCACACUCUUCGGAACGCCGUAUAGAGUAUGCGCAUGGCCGACUGACACCUACCGAGAUACGUAACCGGGGGUACAGGAUGGCAAUGACGACCGAUCCGACUUGGGAUCUUGGACGCCAUGUAGGAAUGCUGGGCGAAUGCUGGGACCAUAUACGUUGCCAUCAUUAUCACGACAGGGACUGGAAGAGGGUAUGA